GUCCGGACACUUUCCCCCCCUUCCAGUCCGGACACUUUCCCCCCUUCCAGUCCAGACACUUUCACCCCCCUUCCAGUCCGGACACUUUUCCCCCACUUCCAGUCCGGACACUUUCCCCCCCUUCCAGGCCGGACACUUUCACCCCCUUCCAGUCCGGACACUUUCCCCCCUAAUUUCCAGUCCGGACAUUUUCCCCCCCUUCCAGUCCGGGCACUUCCCCCCCCUCCAGUCCGGACACUUUCCCGGUUUUUUCCAGUCCGGACACUUACCCCCCCCCCCUUCCAGUCCAGAUACUUCCCCCCCCUUCCAGUCCGGACACUUCCCCCCCUUCCAGUCCAGAUACUUUUCCCCCCCUUCCAGUCCGGACACUUUCCCCCCCUUCCAGUCCGGACACUUUCCCCCCUUCCAGUCCGGACACUUUCCCCACCUUCCAGUCCGGACACUUUUACCCCCUUCCAGUCCGGACACUUUUACCCCUCCAGUUUGGACACUUCCCCCCCUUCCAGUCCGGACACUUCCCCCCCCUUCCAGUCCGGACACUUUCCCCCCUUCCUGCCCAGGGCAAUUUUCAGCUUUCAGCGCUAUCACAAUUUGAAU